AUGUGCCAUUCCUUAUCAAAGUUAUGGGACCGAUUGGAAGAAUUACAAGCCGAAGAGAGCUACAAAUGUGAGUGGCAAAUCGGUGAACACCCCCUUAAGGGACUUGAUGAUUUCAUGGAGGACUUGUUUCCAUCGCUAACAACCUCCUGGGAAGAAAGUAAUUAUGCUCAAACCAGUGACGGGCCUCUUGAGGUUUCGACGUUUGAAGUAUCAGAGGAAUUAAGAACUAAUACAAUGAUAAGAAAUGGACCUGAUGUGACACCAUCCAGUGUUCUAACAUCGACAUCCAAUGACCACCUGCUAGAACAAGAAUUUCCUGACACAGACUUGCUGGAUCAAGUUGCAGUACCUAUGCGAUGGGACAAUUAUGAAGAAAUUAUUGAUUCCCCUCAUGAGACAAUCGAGGUUUUUUCGGGUGUGGCAAUUGAUGUGAACUGGAGGGAAUCACUUUUUCCACAACCCAGUACACACACUGUUGCAUCCAAUCUCAAUAGUUCAGAACGAGUGUACAUGCAGAGUCAAUCUGCAACUACAAAUGAGAAUAUUUCAAUGACAAUAGAAAAUUCCCACUCUACAGGAGUUUUAUUGAGUGCUAGAGAACUCACAUCGCAACUAUACACCUUCUUCAACUUUCAGACAAUCGAGUUUUUUUCGGGUGUUGGAAGUGAUGUGAACAGGAGGGAAUCAUUUUUACGACAACCCAGUACUCACACUGUUGCAUCCAAUCGCAAUAGGUCAGAACGAGUGUACACGCAGAGUCAACUUGCAACUACAAAUGAGAAUAUUUCAAUGUCAAUAGAAAAUUCCCACUCUUCAGGAGUUCGAUUGAGUGCUAGAGAACGUAGACUUAAUCGAAAUGCCAAUUUUGGCGCCUCAUCUUUAAAUGUACACAGAAGGAAUUGCACAGACGAACUCUUCUCAUCAACAUUUGAGGCUUCUUCGGGUGUUGGAAGUGAUGUGAAUUGUAGGGAAUCACUUUUUCGGCAACCCGGUACUCACACUGUUGCAUCCAAUCGCAAUAGGUCAGAACGAGCGUACAUGCAGAGUCAACUUGCAACUACAAAUGAGAAUAUUUCAAUGUCAAUAGAAAAUUCCCACUCUACAGAAGUUCGAUUGAGUGCUAGAGAACGUGAACUUAAUCGUUCUAUAAAUUUUGACGCCUCAUCUUUGAAUGUACGCAAAAGGAACUCCACAGACGGACUCUUCUCAUCGGCUUUUCCGAAUUUCGCAGCUGGAGUCGCGAAACAAAGGAGACAAUGCACCCUGAGUUCCUCCACUAGCAGUUUGCAGCAGCCACCACCUCAAGAAAGAAAUUCGCACACAGCACAAGCAGCAUCGGGAACCGCCUAUUUCAGUCGACUUUAUAAUUCCCAGUAUGCUGAAAGCAAUUCGCGAAGUGAUGAAUUGAGGGCAAGGGGACUUUCAGAUGGUGAAAUUUUGAGAUAUCAUAUGGAAGUAAGCGGUUGCCAAAACACAAUUUAG